AUGUCGAGCAUUAGUUUUGGUAUUCGGGCUUCGACAUAUUUGCGUCACCUUAGUCAUAGGUAUCCAACUACUGUGUUUAGAGAUUUUAGAUCUGGUGGAGCUGCUUUAGAUAUUGGGUUGCUUCGGAUGUUUGGUCACCCAACAUAUGGUCACAUCGAGGAUGUGAGAUUUGAUCCGAGUGAACAUUUAGGAUUCAGAGGCUCGUUUGGUUAUCAGGUGAGGGUCUCUGAUUUUUUUUCUGAGCAGAUUGGGAAUCAUGUUAAUUUGGAUACAGAUGAUGAGUUAGUUGAUUCGAGUGUAGCUGAUGGACACAGUUUUGAUUUGGCUAUGACCGCUGGUUCACCUCAGGUGGAGGUGUUUAGUUCGUUUUAUUUUAGGGCCAUUGGAAAAGUUAUCAGUUGUAGAUUUGUUGAUGAUGUUGGAGAAGGAAUCAGUGGAGAUGAAAAUGUUACCUUAAAGAUACUCUACGGUGGUAUUUGCCACACAGAUAUUCACAAUAUAACCAGAUAUAAAAAUAGGUAUCAAAAUAACCAAUACCCUUUUAUCCCGUGGCAUGAAAUUAUUGGUAUUGUUACUGAAGUUGGCUCCAAAGUAAACAAAUUCAAGGUUGAAGACGAAGUUGGAAUCGGCUGCAUGGUUGACUCCUGCUGGUCCUGUGAAAACUGCCACCAGAAUCUCAAAAACUACUGUUCCAAGGUCAUAUUCACCCACAGCGACAUCAUCAACGACGGCACAAAAACUUAUGGAGGCUAUUCAAAUCUAGUGCUGCCAAUGGACGAAGGAGCACCGUUGCUCAGUGCUGGGAUUACUGUGUAUAGUCCGAUGAAGCAGUUCGGGAUUGACGAGCCUGGAAGGCGCAUUGGCGUUGUGGGACUUGGUGGUCUGGGACAUGUUGCAGUGAAAUUUGGAAAGGCGUUAGGAGUGCAGGUGACUGUGAUCAGCUCAUCGCCCAGCAAGGAGAAAGAAGACAAUAUUCUGCGGAGCUGGGAAAAUAUUGUUACAUUGAUUCUGAAUGGACUCCCAAUGUUCUUGUUAGAAAUUGUGAUUAAAUCUGGAAUAAAACAGAGAAAUUAUGAUGUGCUGUAA